GCGAGCAAGCCGUUGUUGUCGGUUUGCCAUGUCAUGUCGGACGGCAGGCUCACACAACGUAUCGUAGUCGACCUUCUCGACACUUGUAGAGUCGUUUUCUCCAGAACUCUGCAUAUCCGAAUGUUUUGUCAGUCAGAGAAGGCUGGCUAAAGAGGAUGAAUGGUUGAUUUGACACCCGUUUGCGUUGUCCCCAUUGGCCGAUGUUCCUUGACAUUCGACUCGACGAACGACGAACACUACUGUUAGUGCCUGUAAUGUAGUACGCGAGGAAUUGACUAUCUAAGUUCGAUCGGGCGUUAGGGGUUGGAGGAGGGGGCGUUUCUUGAACGACUGUUUAUGACUUGGCAUAUGGAGACGGAACAAGCAAGACUGCAAGACAAGAAAGCGAUACAGCGCUCCUCCAGGCACUGGAAGAGGGUUCAACAAAUGUAUCAGCGUUCUGUAAUCAGGUAUUUUCUAAUUAUAUCAAUCAAUCCAUUCGACCGAUCGAUCGCUUCACAAUCGACAUUGUCUCAACUCAAGAAACGUAGAUUUUCACGUCACUCGGGGUUGGGCUGCUGGUGUUGUUUGGAUGGAUCCUUCUUGUUUGCUCACAACUAGGCUAGAUUAGACUUCAUAGACCUCGUGAUUUGGCUCGAGAAGCCAGCCAGGUAGUGGAUCCUCACUCAACAAUCUUUUGUUUGUGUUCAGUGCUCACCCUCGAGCUCGCAUCCUUCUCUCUCUGUUGCUCGGCUGGCAUUCAACCUUAGCUGCUCGACGAGGACCUGGGGAUCCGUUUUCCCAAUCGCAUGGCCUCGGCGGAUUGCUCGCGUGCUCUGGUACAACUGGAGGAAGCCUGCGAAGCGACUCUACUCUCAGCGAACUCUAUCGGGGGAUAUACGCCUCACAGAAAAUGUCAAUGAGGCAGUAGAGAAGAUGCCAAUCAAAGAAGAGAGAAAAUGGCAAUGAGGCAAUGACGUGAGUCACGUUGGCACCAAUCCAUCUGCAUCUGGCCUUGUCUGCGAGAAAGGGGGGAAGGGUUGACGUGUCGGGUUGUCAAUGAGAGUCCGUACGAACAUGGACGAGGACGAUAGGGAUUGAGGGGCAGAAGAGCAGAAGGGGGAAUACCAUGAAAGAGGGGGAGGCAGUAAGCGGAAGUGGUAGUGGAGGAGGAGCAGUUGUGGGGAAGGAGGCGGGAAGAGAACGGCAGCGGGUUGAGAAAGAAACGGAGAAGGAGCGGCAAAGGGCGUUGAAGGAGGCGGAGAAGGAGCGGCUGAGGCAGGAGAAGGAGGCGGAGAGAGAGCGGCAGAGGCAAGAAAAAGAGGCGGAGAAGGAGCGUUUGAGGCAGGAGAGAGAGGUAGAGAAAGAGCGACAGAGGCAAGAAAAGGAGGCGGAGAAGGAGAGACAGCGGCAGGAGAAAGAUGCCGAGCGGGAUAGGCAAAGGCAGGAACGCGAGGCGGAGAGAGAGAGGCAGAGGCUGGAAAAAGAAGCGGAGAAAGAGAAGCAGCGGGUAGAGAGGGAGAGGGAAAGGUCGCUAAAGGAUGCGGAGAAGGAGCGUCUCCGCGCGGAGAAAGAGAUGAAGAGGCAACAGGAUGAAGCCGAGAAAGAACAGAAGCGCCUCGAGAAGGAAGCAGAAGACAAGAAGCGCGCCUUGGCGCUCAAGAAGCAGGCAAGUAUCAUGGAUAAAUUUCUAUUGAAGCCGUAUCUCUCGACCGGCACAGCAGCAGCAGUAGCAGCGACGACGGCGGCGGGAGGCGGAGGAGCAGAAGGAAGAGGAGAAGAAGUAGGUGGGUCGAUGGCCACGUUGGCUGUACUGCCACAUCAGCAGCAGCACCAACCCCACAUUAUGGUCGCCGGAACCGGGUUAAACAAAUCCGAGAGGGGUCCAUUUUUGUUGUCCUCGAGGUUCUCUCCGGCGGCGGGCGAAAGCAGGCGCGACACUCUUUUCCUUCCGCCGACGGUCUCGCCCGACACAGUCGCGAUGGCCACGUUGGGAACGGGGCCGCCAGCCACGUCAGGCAUGGACGCGGAACUAGGGCAAGCUCGAGAAGGCGAAGUCGACAUCGGCGUGCUUCGCAGUCGUCAUCUAUCUAAGUGGAGAUGGGCCGGGCGAGAUCACAGACGCAGAAAACUCGACAGGUGGGGAAAGCGGCGGCGUCCGAAGGCGAGCUCAUCUUGGGGCCUGCUGAGGGCUGCUGGGACCUCCGCGGCGAAAGCGGCUCGCAAUGGCCUUUCCUCGGCCGAAGGGGCAGCGAGAGGGGCGACGGGGGAACACAGCGCCGACGUGGAAUAUAGUACUUCUAAUAAAGCUGUUGUUGACGAUGCAGGUCUGGUGGCACGCGACUCUGACAGUAAACGUUCCCAUCAGCAGGAGAAUAGCGACGCUGACACCUGUCGCCAGCUCUUUGGCGACGAUAGGGAUAGGUUUAUUGCGAUGCGUAACGAGAGGACGACGUCGGGAUCCGGACGAGAACCUCGUUUAGAGAGGAUUGGAGGGCAAAUGAAGACACGUGGCAGUGGGGAUGGCAUGAUGGAGGAAUUUAGGGAGAACAAGCUGGGGGAGGAUGUGGGUGCCGUGGCGGUUAAUGAUGAUGAUGAUGAUGAUUAUGAUGAUCGUGGUCUAGGGCGUCAUCGUCGUCGGGAAAGUGGGGGGCAAGAGGACGAAGAAGUGGUGGAUGGGCUUGCAUUCGCCGACGACCAUGAGAAUCAGCAGCAUCUGGACGAUGAUGAGAACCGAGAAGGGACAGGGACCAGCAUGAGACGGGCUCUUCUGCUGAUGGAUGAAGAGAGAGGUCGAGCGCCUAAGAGGAGGAAACUCCUUCAGUUCCAUGAUAACUACAGGCCUGCUUAUUAUGGAACGUUCUCGAAGCACAGCGAUGUCAUCGGUGCCAGGCAUCCGUUACGGAAAGAUCCGUCGCUGGACUACGACGCAGAUAGCGAUGCUGAGUGGGAGGAAGAAGAACCGGGGGAAUCCUUGUCAGAUCUUGAUGUCAAAGAGUGCGAGGACGACGACGAGAAGCCGGGCGACGACGAGGACUCGGCCGACGGUUUUGUCGUUCCCGAUGGCUACUUGUCGGAAGGGGAGGGUGCAGGUGCCGACGAGGACGACGGGACGAGUACGGAGGAUGUAGCAAUCGGACAACAGGAGCGGAGCAGGGCUAGAGACGAUAGUGUGCCGGGUGGUGUACAAGAGAACGAGGCCUUUGCCGAGGACUUGGCAAAGUGGAGAGCCAUGAACAAAUGCAGGCGGCUGCUGGCGAUGGCCACAGAGCGAGCGUUAAGAACGAACUGCCCUCUCAUUGUGUCCAGGCUGCUGCCUCCGCUUCCCCCUCGUCCUCCUCUUCAAGCUCAAUCUCAACCUCAACCUCCGGCUUUAGGAGUGAUACCCGCGCCAGCAACACCCCCGUCAUCAGUCGUAGAAUCGCUUUUCGAGCGCGGGAAAGAGAAAGAGGGGAUUCUGUCUGCAGCGCCGUCGGCAGGGCGGAGCCUUGAUAACGACGGCAAAGCGGGAAUAACAUGUUCGAUUUCGGGAGCAAGUACGCUCCCCUUCGCUAGUGGCGGGCCGGUCUCUGGGACUGUAUCUGGGACCACCAGUAAAUUGGACGAUGCUAUACUGCGGGCGUUGUCAGUGAUGCCUCUGGAGGGGGACUUGGUUGUAGAAGCUCCGUGUCCUUCGGGCCAUGGUGUCACGAACGACGAGAUGCUGGGCGGAGGGGGUGAUGAAGAAGGCCGGCGCAAAGGGGGGAUGCGCAGAUCAGUCGGGGGGGCGGGGGGCAAAGGAAGUGCCGCAGGGAGUCGUCAUGGGCCGGGCAAGAAAGAGAUGCUCGCUCAAGCUGGAGGAGGAGGAGAGGGAGGGACUGCAUGUGCUGCUGCUGCUUCCAACUGUAAUCUACCUUCUUCUCCAGCUGCAGUAAAUGGAGACGCAGCCGCUGGGAGCGCUUCGAAGCCUCCAGGUCCACGUGUCACACCCAUUACCAAGUUUUUUACGAAGGUUUCGUCAUCUGUUGUGGCCUCUUCGUCGCCAUCGUCGUGUCCUUCGUCCCCGUUAAACGCGAACUCUCCCCUCGCAAAAGUUCCUCCCUCAGUUCCCUCGGGAACAACGGUGCCAUCGACCGAUUCAAGGGUUGCUGUUGCUCUGCCGGUGGUCGCGACGGAUGUCGUGAGCGGCAGCGGCAAGAAGAAGGCGUGCACUGCUCCCAGGACGAAAGUUUCGCCGACAAUGGUCAGAAAGAAGAGAGAAAGUAACGGUGCCGCCGUGGUUGGGGCCUGCUCACCUUCUCCUUCUCCCUCGCUCCCUCGCUGGUGCGUUCGUAUCGGCCAUCGCGAAGCAGGAUGUGAACCGGCAGAUCGUACAGUGAUCGUAGGAGCUACUACCACUGAAGGGUGCGUGAAUGGUGGUGCGUGUGGAGCAGAUAGUGUGGCGGGGAAGAUAGGUGAUGAUGAAACAGGAGGAGUAGGUGGAUCUGCGGCCGCUGCCGAUUGUCGGGCGGACGGCAGUGGCAGUGGCCAGUUAUCUAUUGAUUGCAGUGGAAGCGGCAGAGGGAAAACGAAAGGCUGCAAGAGAAAGCUUUGAUUUUUGCGCCUCAUGGUUGCUGUUGCUGUUUUUGUUCAUGAUUGAUGAUGAUGAUGAUGAUGAUGAGGAUGGAUGGUGAUUCUUACGAGGAGAUGGCCACCGAAGUUUUUUUUGUAUAUUAAUUGCGGAAGCAUGAAAGAGUGAAAAAGGAGAUGCUACCAGUUUUCUAAUCCCAUCCAUCAUAUAAUUAGCUUGACUUUCUGGAGUCCCACUCCCCUUGGCACCAUGCAACGUCCCUCUCCAUCUUGUCUCUCUGCAAGCAGCGUCUUUUCUUUUUCAUGCCCCGCCGCCCCCUUUUUCCUUUUUUGUCUCCUGUGAAUAUAGUAACAAAUUAUUUUCUCCCAUCCAAAAUUUCUUGAAGUUUGGACGGACAUGUCGACUGCAUUCAACGGUCCCGACCGCUCUUGCGACACCUGGGUUUUCUUUUCAGCAUGUACUUCAAUUUCGAAUGCUGAUCCGGGCUACAUUUGAUUAUUUUGCCGGUCUUUCAUCCCGGUGUCUGAGUCUGUGUUGAUCUGAACGAACAGUGGAAGUUCGUUUCUCCAGUGCUGAGCUGCUUGGCCGCUAAUUGGUCCUGGUUGACGCUUUAUGCCAUCAUUGCGAUCGCCGGUCGGGAUGUGGUGUCAGGCGUGGGGGAGUGUGUAUUUGAGUGUGCGCAUGGGUGUGCCGAGGUGUGUGUGUGUGUGUGUGUGUGUGUGUGUGUGUGUGUGUAUGUGUGUGUGUGUGUGUGUGUGUGUGUGUGUGUGUGUUCGAGGAGAGCACAGUGUGGGUGCCUUCCGAAUGAACUUGCGCACGAUGGCCGGAUUUUGAUUUGAGUUUGGUUAUAGGUUCGAACACUUGGGGAGCAUCCUACCACUAAUCUUCUCCUGACUGGCAUCUGGAAGUGGGGUUUCUCGUGUUGAGAGAGGAGGGUUAGUAAUUCAACGCUGUAGCGUGGCCAUUCGAGGAAAAUGGGAAUAAGGCUAAUAAACAAGCUCAUUGUUG